UCCCCAGAAGAAGAAGAAAAAAGUAUAUAGACGAUUUUAUUUUGCUGUUAAUUCCCCCAGCAACGGCCGCUGCACAUGGCGGAGCCGACGGCGAAGGUUCUUCAGGGCGUUCAGUUUCAUCAACUCAGUAGCCUUAUAUCUCACUUUCUUGUGUUCGGGUUAGGAUUGGUUAUUGGGAUUACUUUUAAUUUCUCGAUUAGGGGUCGUUUAGUUUCUUCCAGUAAUUUUGAGCUGAUACAGUGGCCGGUUACUGCACCGCAACCGCCACCGGUGGUGGUGGGGAUGAGAGAAUUUAGGAGCUCAAAAAGUUUGGGGAAAGAGAUGAGUAGUAGUAGCGAGGGGGAUGAGUUGGUUCACCGGAUGAGAGGGUUACCGGCGGUGAAGGGAAGUAGGGGGAAGGUGGCAUUCAUGUUUUUAACGAGAGGGGAUUUGCCAUUGAGGCCAUUUUGGGAAAGGUUUUUCAAUGGAAAUGAAGGUUUAUACUCAAUUUAUGUGCAUUCUCGUCCUUCUUUCAAUGCAACUUUCCCAUUAAAUUCUGUGUUUUAUGGACGUAACAUUCCUAGCAAGGUAGUAGUUGAGUGGGGGCAGCCAAGCAUGAUUGAAGCGGAGCGACGGCUGUUAGCCAACGCUCUUCUCGACAUCUCCAACCAACGAUUUCUCCUUCUUUCCGAGUCUUGCAUUCCCGUCUUCAAUUUCACCACCGUCUACACUUAUCUAAUGGGGUCAGCUCAAAUCUUCGUCGACUCCUAUGACUUACCUGGCCGUUUGGGCAGAAACCGGUACAGGUCCGAAAUGCAGCCCACAAUCCUUGAGACCCAAUGGAGGAAAGGGUCGCAGUGGUUCGAAAUGGACCGACGGACGGCGACGGAGGUGGUGGAGGACCGGAAGUACUUCCCAGUGUUCCAAAAGUACUGCCACCCGGGUUGCAUUUCGGAUGAGCAUUAUUUGGCGACGAUGGUGAGUAUAGAGUUUGGGGAAAGGAAUUCGAACCGAACGCUAACUUGGACGGAUUGGUCGAAGCAUGGACCUCACCCGACUGGGUUCGGGAGCGAGAAUGUGACGGUUGGGCUUUUGGAAAGGAUACGGGACGGCAGCACGUGCGAAUAUAAUGGAGAAAGAAGUAGAAUUUGUUAUUUGUUUGCGAGAAAGUUCAUGGGAAGUGCUUUGAAUGGGCUGAUGGAAAUUGCUUCUCAAGUUAUGUUCAUCCAUUGAAUUAUCACUUCCCUUCCUUCACUUGUAAUGUAAAUCAUUUUUCAGUUUUAGGCCAUUAUACUGUAUAACUAUAUAUAUCCUACAAAUACCUUCAAAUGAUCUAAUUAAUUAUCAUUUUCUAGAUGGAUGA